AUGGGUCAAGGUGCUUCAGGAUUACCUGGUGGCGAUAGAAAGAAGAAAGAUAAAUCAAAAAAACCAAAAUAUGAACCACCUGUAAAGACUAAGAUAGGAAGAAAGAAGCGGAAAGGAGGUCCAUCAACUGCUGAGAAAUUACCAGAUGUCUUUCCAAGAAAUCGUUCUAAAUUAAAAUUGUUAAAGACUCAACGUAUUCAUGAUCAUUUAUUAAUUGAACAAGAGUAUGUUGCCAGUAUUGAGAACCUAAAACCUUUUGAAAAGAAACAAAAUGAAGAAAGAGAUAAAGUUGAAGAAAUUAGAGGGUCACCAAUGACAGUUGGUACUUUAGAAGAGAUUAUUGAUGAUGAUCAUGCAAUUGUUAGUUCAAGUUCAGGUCCUGAAUAUUAUGUUUCAAUUUUAUCAUUCGUUGAUAAAGAAUUAUUAGAACCUGGUUGUUCAGUCCUAUUACAUAACAAAACUGUUUCAGUUGUUGGUGUGCUAGAAGAUGAUGCAGAUCCAUUAGUCAGUGUCAUGAAAGUUGCAGUGGCACCAAAUGAAACAUAUGCAGAUAUUGGUGGGUUAGAAAAUCAAAUAAAAGAAGUUAAAGAAGCUGUGGAAUUACCUUUAACUCAUCCAGAAUUAUACAGUGAAAUGGGUAUUCAACCUCCAAAAGGUGUUAUAUUAUAUGGUGCUCCAGGUACUGGUAAAACAUUAUUGGCCAAAGCUGUUGCUAAUUCAACUUCUGCAACUUUUAUAAGAAUGGUUGGUUCUGAAUUAAUCCAAAAAUAUGCAGGUGAAGGUCCUAAAUUAGUGAGAUCUUUAUUCAAGUUAGCUGCUGAUAACGCUCCAGCAAUUGUUUUCAUUGAUGAAAUUGAUGCUGUGGGUACCAAGAGAUAUGAUUCACAAUCUUCUGGUGAAAAGGAAAUUCAAAGAACCAUGUUGGAAUUAUUGAAUCAACUAGAUGGUUUCGAUGAUAGAGGUGAUAUUAAAGUUAUUAUGGCUACUAAUGCUAUUGAAUCUUUAGAUCCUGCUUUAAUUAGACCAGGUCGUAUAGAUAGAAAAAUACAUUUCCCACCUCCAGAUUCUGAAAAUUUGAAAAAGAUUUUUGAAAUCCAUACAAGAAAGAUGACAUUAUCUGAUGAUAUAGAUAUUGAUGGUAUUAUAAGUGCUAAAGAUGAAUUAUCUGGUGCUGAAGUUAAAGCAAUCACAACAGAAGCAGGUUUAAUUGCCUUGAGAGAAAGAAGAAUGCAAGUUACAAAUAGUGAUUUCGUCAAGGCUAAAGAAAGUGUUAUGAAGACUAAAGUGGAUGAAUCGUUGGAAGGAUUGUAUCUAUAG